GCUGUAUCAGAAUCAAAUUGCUGAGCCUGUCACCUGUGUUCCAGGAGUCGAACCAGAAAUGUUGUCCUCCGCAAAGCCAGACUUACCUGUCCCACUGACUGAUUUGAAGAUUCAAUAUACUAAGAUCUUCAUAAACAAUGAAUGGCAUAAUUCAGUGAGUGGCAAGAAAUUUCCUGUCUUUAAUCCUGCAACUGAGGAGAAAAUCUGUGAGGUAGAAGAAGGCGAUAAGGCAGAUGUUGAGAAAGCAGUGAAGGCCGCAAGACAGGCCUUUCAGAUCGGCUCUCCAUGGCGUACUAUGGAUGCUUCAGAGAGGGGUCGCCUCCUGUACAAGCUGGCUGACUUAUUUGAAAGAGAUCGACUGCUGCUGGCAACAAUGGAGUCAGUGAAUGCUGGAAAAUUAUUUCCUAAUGCAUAUCUGAUGGAUUUAGGAGGCUGUAUAAAAACAUUACGCUACUGUGCAGGCUGGGCUGACAAGAUCCAGGGCCGCACCAUCCCUGUCGAUGGAGACUUCUUCACUUACACAAGACAUGAGCCUGUUGGAGUAUGUGGCCAAAUCAUUCCUUGGAACUUCCCAUUGGUUAUGCUGGCCUGGAAGAUAGGGCCGGCCCUGAGCUGUGGAAACACAGUGGUUGUCAAACCAGCAGAGCAGACGCCCCUCACUGCUCUUCACGUGGCAUCGUUAAUUAAAGAGGCAGGUUUUCCUCCUGGAGUGGUGAAUAUCGUCCCUGGCUAUGGGCCCACUGCAGGGGCAGCCAUCUCCUCACACAUGGACAUUGACAAAGUGGCCUUCACAGGAUCGACAGAGGUUGGCAAAAUAAUUAAAGAAGCUGCCGGGAAGAGCAAUCUGAAGAGGGUCACCCUGGAGCUGGGGGGGAAGAGCCCUUGCAUCGUGUUUGCUGAUGCUGACCUGGACACUGCUGUGGAAUUUGCACACCAAGGCCUGUUCUACCACCAGGGCCAAUGCUGUGUAGCUGCAUCCAGGCUUUUUGUGGAAGAAACGAUUUAUGAUGAGUUUGUUCGAAGGAGUGUUGAGCGGGCAAAGAAAUACGUUCUUGGAAACCCUCUAACCCCAGGUGUAAAUCAAGGCCCUCAGAUUGACAAGGAGCAGCACGAUAAAAUACUCGACCUCAUUGAGAGUGGGAAGAAACAAGGGGCCAAACUGGAACUGGGCGGAGGCCCCUGGGGGAAGAAAGGCUACUUCAUCCAGCCCACAGUUUUCUCCAAUGUGACAGAUGAGAUGCGCAUCGCCAAAGAGGAGAUAUUUGGACCAGUGCAACAAAUCAUGAAAUUUAAAUCUUUGGAUGAUGUGAUCAAGAGAGCAAACAAUACCACCUAUGGUUUAUCAGCAGGAGUCUUUACCAAAGACCUUGACAAGGCAGUGACGGUCUCCUCUGCUCUGCAGGCAGGGACAGUGUGGGUAAAUUGCUAUAGUGUGCUGUCUGCUCAGUGCCCCUUUGGUGGAUUCAAAAUGUCUGGAAAUGGAAGAGAAAUGGGAGAAUAUGGUCUCCAUGAAUACACAGAGAUCAAAACUGUCACAAUGAAAAUCUCUCAGAAGAACUCAUAAACCAGGAAAUGGAGAGAGCACUCUUCAAUGACUUAGCAUCUCCUACCAUCACCAAUAUAGUGGAAUUUAGAUAUGAAAUUUUUUUCAGAAUUUUUGAAACAUAAGUCUAUCCACUUAGUAUUAAUCACCUCAAUUUGUAGCUUAUUGUGAGAGAAACAUUUGGCUUUUUACAAGUAACUCCAAGUCCUAUCCUCCGUGAAUCUGGUGGAUUUGGAUGCAAGAUCUUGCUAGUUUUGUCAUGACUGUGCUUUUCUUUGUAGCUGUUUUAGGAUAAUCAUUUUAUAAUACAGGAUCAGUGGUCAUUUAGGCUUUUGCCCUUAAUAGCUUCUUGAAGUACUUACUUUCCAUGUUAACUGCAGAGUAAGUUACUCUGUUCCCAGCACUUAGGAUGUCUGUGGAGUGUUUUGAAAUGUUUACUAGAAU